AUGUCAUAUUACGACCCAUAUCAAGGAAUGUCGCAACAGUACGCUGGACAACAAUACUACCCACAAUACUAUCCCGAACAACAGAACCAGUACGGUGAAGGCGAUGGGUUCUCAUUAGGUGACCGUGGUACCAAUGCAUUCGAUGGACCCCAAAAUGGCUAUGGUAACGCACAACAAGGUCAAUUCAAUGUAUUCAAUUCUGGAAACGCAGCUCACUCGGUGAAUCCAAGUCAUUACAACCCUGAUUUAGACACCCACAACUUUUCCCAAUUCAAUGGAAGUGGCUCUUUUCAAGGAAGUAGUGGAUUCAAUGGCAUUGAUGCUCCAGCAAUUGGAUCGACAGCAGGUGGCGAAUUUUGCACCGAGGACGGCUCCUUUUUGAAUGGUAAUGGAUCCAUUGGACAAAUUGCAUACACCAACAUGUUACCAACUGAUUAUGAUCAAGGGAUCAUGGCGCAACCAAAUGAUAUGUACCAACAAGGUAACGGUAUCCAUGGCCCAAAUGCAUCCAGUCCACAAACUUUAGGAGCCGGUGCUGGUGCUGGUGCUGGUGUCGGAGGUGGUACUGCCUCCGCUGCAGCUCCAUCACGUACAGUCUACUUGGGAAACAUCCCCUCUGAUAUUGAACCUAAUGAGUUAUUAGAUUAUGUUCGUUCGGGGAUCCUUGAAAAUGUCAAGAUUAUACCAGCAAAAAAUUGUGCAUUUAUUUCGUUUAUUGACCAUCAGCUGGCAUUACUUUUCCAUUCUGAUUGUAUUUUGAAAAAGCUCAAUAUUAAAGGGCAUGAUAUUAGAAUUGGGUGGGGUAAAAACACUCCCAUUUUGCCUGCAGUUUUGGAAGCUAUUCAACGCGAUGGAGCUACGAGAAACGUGUAUUUGGGUAAUUUGAAUAACCCCAUCACUGGAGAAAUGAUUACAGAAGAAGAAUUGAAGGAAGAUUUAUCUUGUUAUGGUAUUAUUGACAGUAUAAAGAUAAUUCCAGAAAAAGGUAUUGCAUUUAUUCAUUUCUUGAGUAUCCUUAGUGCCAUUAGAUGUGUAGCUAAUUUACCAUUGAAGGAAAAAUAUUUGGACAAGAAAUGUUUUUAUGGAAAAGAUAGAUGUGCAUUUAUCACUAAGACCCAACAACAUAAUGCAGCUCAAUAUUUGGGCUUAGCUCCUGGAAUGGAACAUAUUGUUACCGCAGCUGAUCGUGAAUUCAUUUCCAGUGCCUUGGUUCAACAAUCAGCAGCUGCUGCCCAAAUUGCAACUCAAGCUGGUGGUGCCAAUAAUUUGGGUAAUCGUACCGUUUAUUUGGGCAAUUUACAUCAAGAUUCUUCAGUUGAGGAAAUAUGUAAUGUUGUUCGUGGGGGUUUAUUGCAAAGUAUUCGAUUCUUGAAAGAAAGACAUGUAUGUUUUAUCACGUUUAUUGAUCCAAUUGCUGCGGCUCAAUUUUUCGCCAUGUGUCAAUUACAUGGAUUAACUAUUCACAACAGAAGAAUUAAAGUUGGCUGGGGUAAGCAUUCAGGACCAUUGAGUAAUGCUCUUAGCUUGGCUGUUUCUAAUGGUGCUUCAAGAAAUAUCUAUAUUGGAAAUUUAAACAAUUUUGAAUUUUACAACCCUAGAAAAUUGAGAGAAGAUUUUUCAAAAUUUGGAGAUAUUGAACAAAUCAAUUAUCUUGAAGAGAAAAAUUGUGCUUUUAUUAACUUUGUUAAUAUUGCCAAUGCUAUUAAGGCUAUUGAUGGAAUUAAGCUGUUUCCUGAUUACAAAAAUUUGAAAAUCAAUUUUGGUAAAGAUAGAUGUGGAAACUUACCACGACAAUUUCAAAACCAAGGGCUACCAUUAGCUGGUGGAGCUUUAGAUCUCUUGGAAAAUGCCACAGCAGCAGCAGCAGCAGCAGCAGCAACCGUAGGAGCUACAACGAACGACAGUGGAACUGGCACAGCUGCCAGUGGAAGUGUUCAAGGUUCAUUGUCCGAUUUGACUGAUUUCAAAGAUUUAAGAGAAGGUACCGCUUUACAAACAGGCCACAAUGCAUUUGAAAUUACUACAACAGCAACUAAAAGUAACUCCAACUCACCUUUGCAAACACCAAACAAUUCAAGUUUCCAAUGA